AUGAUAAUUGUUCAUAUUAUUCUGUGCUUGUCGUACACCAUAGGAUGUGAAGCCUCAGACUCUGGCUCCCAUUCCUUGCUGAUAUUUGCAACCUACAUAAAAGGGAAGACUCCAUUUGAGCAGUUCAGUGCUGUGCUGAUGCUGGAUGAUAUACAAGUUGGAUACUUUUCCUCCAAGGAACCAGAACUAGUACUCAGAGGAAUGAUGAAUGCAGAGAACACGCCUGACCCCACUGAUGAGAAAAAUGCCAUCACUGUUUUUACAGCUAUACAUGAGCACAUGAGAAUUCAAGCUCAUAAUCUAAUGCAUAAUUUUAAUCACACGGAUGGAAUUCAGAUUCACCAGGAAAUAUCUGGCUGUGACACACUAGGGAGCGUGAUACAUAAAGAGGCGUUCAACGCAGAGUGUGGAGACGAAUUUCUCUUCAACAUACAGCAGAACACUUUACACACAGAUUUCAAAUGGCCAGGAGCAUGGGAUGCUGUACUGUUAAAACAUAAUAAAUGGCUGAUCGCAUCAUUUUACCAGCCCCUAUGUGUCAGCGUACUUAAAAAAUAUAUGAGCAAUAACAGUAAACGAAUUAUGAAAAAAAUGAAACCCAGGGUCAGACUCCUCCAGAAUGCACUCACACACUCAGGAGGGGCUCAGCUGACCUGCCUGGCCACUGGUUUUUACCCCCGUCACAUCAACCUGACCCUGCUCAGAGACGGGCAGCCUGUGGCUGAUCACCUGAUUACUGGGGGGGAGGUACUCCCUAACGGAGAUGAAACCUACCAGAUGAGGAAGAGGAUGGUGAUCAGCGCAGAGGAACUAAGAGAGAAACACCACUACACCUGCACUGUCACACACCUCAGCCUGGACAACAAGCUGGACAUCGACCUUACGUUUGCUCCAGGACCUGCUGCCACCGUGUCCACUGUGGUAGUGGUGGCUGGGAUUUUGUUCCUAGCUGGAUUCAUUAUGAUGAAGAAAAGACAUGCAGGUGUUUGA